CAUCCAACGGGGCGCCUUGGACAUUUGUCAGAAGCAUCAGAACCACCAGAACCACCAGAACACCAGAACCAAACUUUGACGCCUAAACGAUCGCCACUGGUAUCCGGCUUUUAGCAAGGUACCUUGUUUACCCUUCCCCACACGCGCCUGGAUCUCUGAGCUGCCAUCAAGUUCCAGUGCUGCUGCGGACAUAUCUGUUCCAUCAUGAGAUAGCAUGUCGAGUCAGCAAGGCCAUCGGCAUCCGAGAAGUCUCUCCCUACCGAAGAUGGCUUUGUGCAUCACCAAACCUUGUAUAGACGCCUGAUUCCUCACUCUUCCCUGUCAUGGCGCAAUCCCCGUACUCCGCUCAACAGCCAUCUGCUCGUUCCUCCCCAUCCCAUUCCUUGCAAGGCACUAGUCCUCCAGCGACUGUCGAAACAAUUGUCUCACACCUAGUGGCAUCCAAACGCUCAUUGGGCAGCAUCACUCUCGUCCAUCGAGCCACAACCAUCCUCACCGAGGCACGUGCCUCAAUCGAGUCUACCACUGCGCUCCUGGCAAAGACGACCUACCUUCGUCGCUCCGUAGCCUCGCAAUUGAAGAUCUUGCGUGGCGUGCAGUUCGAACUCGAGUCAGCUGCCCAGGCAAUCCAACAUGAUUUCCAAGCAAUCAUCAAAGAGUUGGACGAAACUGGCGCAAGACUUCUCCAAUGCAUAGACUCUUUGAAAGAGACCACAAUCGAGGAAGCCUUCAGAUCGACCACAGGGACACAAAGCACCAUAUCUAAGGACACUCUACACGACUUUGUCGACGACAAUGGCGUCGAGAACAUCAAGCAGGCUAUGAGAGCGGCCAUAGACAAUGUCCAGGACAACCAGCACGAGAUUAACCAGUCCAUCCAGACGCUCGAGGAGGAUCUGCAGUCCAUCAAUGAAGUCCUCGUUAACCGAGCCGAAGAGUCGGCCGCUGAAAGUGAACUCCAACAACCCACCAUUCCUAUGAGCUUGUCCAUCCUCGAACAUCAUGCAAAAGAAAUGGCACAAGGACUGGAAAGUCUGGUCAAGCAUUUCGAUCUCUGCGUCACCGCCAUCAAACAUACCGAAGGAGGCGGUGAAGCCGUGGUACAGACCAUGAACGCCAAUGCCGAAGACCUCUCCGAAGCAGUCGGCAUGGGUAUGGAUGAACUCCAGGCUCCCGCACAACCCAUGAAUGAAGAAGAACGCCUGGAGAUGCUCCAAGUGCUGGAAAACGACGCGGCAGAAGUCGACGAAGUUGUCAUGGAACUACAAGACCGCCACGCCGAAAUGGAAGCCCAAUUGGACAGAAUCUCUCAAUGGCGCGAACGGCAAGGAAACGCCUACGCGGACGUCGCUACGGCUUUUCGACUCAUGGAGAAGAUAUCGGGCCGCCUGUCGGGCUAUGUGGCAGAAACGGCACGACGCGCAAGUCGAUGGAACGAAGAGAAAGCUAAAAUCGAAGAUGGCAUCGGUGGUAUGGAAGAACUUUGCAGUUACUAUGCCAAUUUUCUGCAUGCGUAUGACGGUUUGAUUAUUGAAGUGGAUCGACGCCGCGCAACGAAGAAGCAGAUGGAGCGAGUGAUCGCUCAGGCUCAUUCUCAAUUGGCGCAGAUAUACGAGCAGGAUCGGCAGUUGAGGGUGAAAUUUCGAGAUGACCUGGGUGAGUUCCUGCCGGGAGACAUUUGGCCUGGGGUGAAUGCGUUACCACCACGGUUUGAGAUCCAUAGGGUCGACGAGGAUGGAUUCGAUGCCAGCGUGCCGGACUUGCCGCAGAAGACGGUGGAAGAGGCGGCAAGGAGGUUCAAAACGGGGAGGUGAUGCGGCCACCAUUAUUUUGUGUUUCUGGGGAGCCUAAACGGGAAUAAAGUCAGCUAUAACUGCCGGGCAGAGUACAAAUUGUAGACAAUGACACGAUCGUCGAAUGGG